CUUCAACUCAACUCAUGCAUAUAUUAUGCCCAACUCCAUUUUCACUUCUCAGGCGGCAAUUCAAAGUUGACUGUAGAUCAGUUCUCAUUAAACCAUAAUUAAGGUGAUAUGGACAAUAGAGUAAAAAAUAAAUAAUGAAAGAUGACCAAGUGGAUUAACCUGGGAAAGAGCAUCCGAGGAGGUACCCACGUUGCUCUCCAAUUUCUUUAUCUGCACCAAAUCCCUUGAAGAAGAUAAAGCCAGACAUUGAACGAUUGUAUUCAGCUGAUCGAAUUAAGGUUCUGUGAGGUUUGGAUGGUGAUAUUCAGUGCAAUAUUAGUUAAUCCAGAUGCGAUAGAGGAAUGAAAAGAUGUUGGAAGUAAGCUGCAAAAAAAUUUCCUUGUCAAUUGCAUUGUUAAAUCACUGUGUCGGUUUGGAUGAAGUUUCUGAUCACAAAGUGGUGUCAAUAGGAGAUUUCGUUAUGCAUUCAGUUCCAUUAGUUGCUCAUUUACUCUGGUUCUGAGUUUCCUCCCUGAAAAUAAUUGAUCACGAAUAGGUGUCAAUGGUAGAUUUCAUUAUGCAUUCAUUUUUAUCAGUAGCUUAUAGAAAGAACAAACAAACUGAGAUGUAUACUGUGAAGACAGAAAUAAACCUUAUAGACAGGGCAAAGCCACACUCCUAGGGCUGUCAAAAUGGUUUCGGGUUUUCGGUUUAACCCGAACCCGAACCACCAACAAGUGUAUGCGGGUUCGGUUUUUCGGUUUCAACCCGAGUCAAUGUACAUGUCGGUUUCGGUUUUAUAAACCCGAAACCCGAGAAGGAAACCGAAAACCCCGAGAGGCAUCUGAAGUGGAAAGGCUUCAGAGGCCCGAAUCAGUUCGUAUUGGCAUCCAAAGGACCACGCUCGCUGACCUUACCAAUAGCGUACAGGCAAGUGAAGUGGAAAGGCUUGGCAACUGGAAUUGGGCAUGAUGUCCGUUGAGCUGGUAAGCCAAACUUACGUCGGCAUUGAAGCAAGCGCUGCAGGGGAUGUAAUCGGAGAGAUCGCCUCUGCAAGAGGCGUCCAGCGCAGUGAAGGUUCCGACCUUCUGGACCCAAUCGGCGGCGGUGAUGAUCCCGGUACAGCUGAAAGCGUUGGAGACGAACUGAUUCGGGCCUCUGAAGCAGAGAGAGACCAAGGAAGGGUCAAUUUUUCCUCUUUAUACAUGAUUGUGGUUGGUGGGUAGCUUUACUUUCUGCUGCCGGUCUGUCGAUUUCGAAUCUGUGUUCAGUGCUCUGUUUUCGUUUCCCCUGCCUAUUGUUCUGGAAGCAGAGUGUAAUUGGGAAUUCAGUUUCAAAAAGGGGCAUCUCCUUUCUUCUCUACUCAUCUUUGUUAUCACAGUGGUAGGAUGACCAAUUUCUUGUUUCCGCCCAAUUUCUUGUUCUGGAUGGGUAAGGAUUGUAGUGAUUGAAGCUCUUAUGGAUUGAAACAUUUUGUUUACGCCCAAUUUCUUGUUACUGCAUUCAUUUUUUCAUGGUUACUUCAUUUUCACUUGCUUAAGUGUUAAGCCCCCAUUUGUUGGCUAUUUGAGAUGAUAGACCGCCAUGGAUGGCGAACUCUGAAGCUAACGAGCAUACAACAAGAUCCAAAUCUGACUAUUCUCCAAUCAGAAAAGUACAAAAAAAAAAAAACCGAAACGGUUCGGUUUCAUCCGAACCGGUUCGGUUUCAUCCGAACCGAACCAAAACCGUCAGCAUAAUUUUCGGGUUCCAGUACCCGAAACCCACAAAGUACAGUUUCGGGUUCGGUUUCGGGUUGUGUGACGCGGGUUCGGUUUUUCGGUUUUUCGUGGGUUUCGGGUUCGGUUACCCGACCCGAACCGAACCGACAGGCCUACACACUCCCCUAGCUUAUUGGAUUAAGAAAAGUUGAUUGUGUUA